AUGGCAGCAGUCGACGGUUUUAGCAUCCCCGUCCAGCCUUUCACCAAUGGCUAUGGUCAAGAUUAUACCCCGCCAAUUGACCUCGGUCCCAAGGAGAAAGUGACCGUCGAGAUCAAAAACACACCCACCUCCGAGCCUAUAUCCACUCCCGAGUCAAAACCGGCCCCGGUUUACAAAUCAGCUUUCCAGCUAGAAGAGCAUCCUAUUGAUGAAGUAAAGCCCAUCAAAGUGGGUGUCAUUGGCGCGGGGUUGACAGGUGUCACCGCUGGUGCGUUGUUACCAGCCAAGGUACCGGGUUUGGAUUUGCGCAUUUACGAUAAGAAUGCUGAUGUGGGAGGGACUUGGUUCGAAAAUACAUAUCCCGGGGUUCGAUGCGAUGUCCCCGCGCAUGUGUAUCAGUCUGGCUUUGCUCCGAAUACGCAGUGGACUGAGGAAUUCGCGCAGGGUCAUGAGAUUCGCGACUACUGGAAGAGUGUUGCUCAGAAGUAUAACGUCUACCAAUAUCUGCGACUGCAGCAGCAGGUAGAAAGUGCCGAAUGGGUCCCUGAGAAGGCGAAGUGGAAAGUCACGUUGCAGGAUUUAACCAAUUCCAAGACAUACGUCGAAGAGCUGGACAUUGUCAUCAAUGCUAUCGGCCACUUCAACGCCUGGAAACUCCCCGACUACCCCGGAAUCAACGAGUACAAAGGGGCCCUCUUCCACUCGUCAAACUGGGACCACAGCGUUGACCUCAAAGACAGACGAGUGGCCCUAAUCGGCAAUGGCGCAUCAGGCCUCCAAGUUCUUCCAUCCGUCCAACCAAUUGCCGCGCAUGUUGACCACUACGCCCGUAACCGCACUUGGAUCGCAGAUUCCUUCGGCGUGACAGGAGUCCGUCGGCUCGAACCCAACUUGUUCCCAGAAGAGCAGCGCGAGUCCUUUAAAGACCCGCAGACAUACCUUGAAUACCGCCGGGGAGUUGAAAAAGGCUACUUCCAGCGCUUCGGGGCUAUCUUCAAAGACUCCCCAGAGAACCAACAACAGCGCGACCAAUGGAGCGAGCUCAUGCUAAAACGAGUCUCUGAUAAACCCGACUUAUCCGACAAAAUCAUCCCAGACUUCCCACCAAACUGCCGUCGUCCCACCCCGGGCCCGGGAUACCUCGAAGCCCUAACCAAGGAGAACGUGUCAUUCAUUCAGACCCGGAUCUCGCACUUUACGGAAACUGGCAUCGUGACCGUCGAUGGCGAAUCCAGAGAUGUAGACGUGGUCAUCUGCUCCACCGGCGCAAACAGAGACCACGCACCCCCCUUCCCCAUCACCGCCAACGGCUACAACCUCCAAACAGACUGGCAGCACUCCGGCCGCUGGGGCUUCCCUUACACAUACUUGGGCGUAGCAACACCGCACUUCCCGAACCUUCUCUGGCUCGGAGGCCCCUACUCCAGCGGCCACAGCGGGACCGUCCCCAACGCAGUCGAGAACCAAGUCACCUACGUCGCAAAGGUGCUCCGCAAAGUGCGCGGGCAAGGAAUCCGCACUAUCGUCCCCUCCAAGGCCGCAGCGGAUGACUUUGUGCAGUUCUGCGACGCGUUCUACCCGCGCACCGUGUGGUCUGCGAACUGCAGCUCGUGGUAUAACGGUGGACGACCUGGAGGACGAGUUCACGGGUUAUUCCCGGGUAGUGCCACGCUCGUGAAUAUCGUACGACGGGAACCCAGGUGGGAAGAUUUUGAGUAUACGUAUGACAAUGCGAGCGGGAAUCGGUUUGCAUGGCUUGGGAAUGGAUGGUCGAAACGGGAGUUGGCGGCCAAGGAGGGCGAGGAAGUGGAGUUGACGCCGCAUUUACGGUUACCAGAGGAAAUUGAUUUGAGGAUGCAUCUGGAGGGGUGGUGGGAUGUUUAG